AUGGCCACGCCUACCAGAAGAUAUGAGAGCUCGCCACGGAGAUUCCAAAUUAGAGUCGGCUCGACAAGGCAUUAUAGCGGAACUAGACAUCAGGUGUCGGAGGUGAAUAAGCAUGGCUCGUACAGGCCGAGGACUUUUGAUUUCGACAUCGCCACGAUGAUACUAAGCACUCCGGUGUCUCUCAAUGCUAAGACCCAGUUGGUUGAAAUGGCAUCUGGCGGGAAUCAGUACGAUGGAAGAACAGCAACUGUCAGUGGCUGGGGAACCACUAGUGAAGGUGGAAAUACCAGCCCUGAACUUAGGUGUGUUGAUGUUCCAAUCGUAACGAACUCCGCCUGCAAUGCUGCGUACGGCUCAAUCACCAGCAAUAUGCUCUGCGCUGGCUACGACGCUGGAGGAAAGGACGCUUGCCAGGGUGACUCUGGUGGACCACUGGUCAUCAAUCAUUCCUGUAACUCCAUGUCCACGGAUGCUGACGGCGACCCACUCUUGGUGGGUGUGGUAUCGUGGGGUUACGGCUGUGCGGCUGCGCAAUAUCCUGGCGUAUAUGCUCGGGUUUCGGCCCUCAGAGGAUGGGUCGAUUCAAAUAUGCAUUAACCAAAAGGGAAUGUGACGCCGGUGAGCUCCUGCCAACUAUAAUAAUACGUUUGGAUGAUGGGUGGAUUUAUUUCAUAUUCUCCACAUAGGCCUGGCUAAAAGAUAAUAACAUUAACAAUGAUCUUGAUUAAAAAUUUCGCGGUUUUGGGAAAUAAGUUCCCCGGUUGGGGGAUAACAAGUUUAAUAAAAAUUUCAAAUAAAAUUGAUAUUUUGCCGAAUAUUAACGAUUUC